GUCAUAUUAAUCGAGCUGUGGUUCCUGCUGCUGCAGUUCUUAAGGUUUUUGAUGCCAUUCAUGGGCUCGAGAAGUCAUUAUCCGAUCCCCAAUCGGAUCUUCCGGGGUACCUUAAGGUACUUAAGAGGCUGGAAGAGGCAUUGAGGUUUUUGGGUGAAAAUUGUGGAAUGGCGAUUCAGUGGUUGGAUGAUAUUGUGGAGUAUUUGGAGGACCAUAAGGUUGCUGAUGAUAGGUACAUUUUGAAAUUGAAGCAGGCUCUGGAGUAUGUAAGGGAAUUGCAGAGACAUGAGGAAAAAGGUCGGCUUGAUGGAGGGCUUCUUGAGGCUGCAUUGGAUAGAUUGGAAAAUGAAUUUAGGCGGCUCUUGGUGGAAAACAGUGUUCCUUUGCCUAUGUCCUGUCCAUCCUCACUUGGCGAACAACCCUGCAUUACCCCAUCCCCACUACCGGUGGCUGUUAUUCAUAAGUUACAGGCGAUUCUCGGGAGAUUAAUUGCUAAUAGCAGACUUGAAAAGUGCAUAUCCAUCUAUAUUGAAGUUCGUAGUUCGAAUGUUAGAGCGAGUCUGCAAGCACUCAACUUGGAUUACCUUGAGAUAUCAGUCUCAGAGUUCAAUGAUGUGCAGAGCAUAGACGGUGACAUUGCUCAGUGGGGUAAGCAUUUGGAGUUUGCCGUAAAGCAUCUGUUUGAGGCCGAGUACAAACUUUGUAAUGAUGUCUUUGAGAGGAUAGGACUGGAUGUGUGGAUGGGCUGUUUUGCUAAAAUAGCUGCCCAGGCUGGAAUUCUUGCAUUUCUUCAAUUUGGAAAAACUGUUACGGAGAGUAAAAAGGAUCCCAUCAAGCUACUGAAGCUGUUGGAUAUAUUUGCAUCUCUAAACAAGUUAAGAUUGGAUUUCAACCGCCUUUUUGGUGGAACAGCCUGCGCUGAAAUACAAAAUCUGACUAGGGAACUCAUCAAGAGGGUGAUUGAAGGGGCUUGUGAAAUCUUUUGGGAACUUUUGCGUCAAGUUGAAUUGCAGAGGGAAACUCCACCUCCUUCAGAUGGCAGUGUCCCAAGACUGGUGAGCUUUGUUACUGAUUAUUCUAACAGGCUGCUUGGGGACGAUUAUAAGCCACUUUUGUCUCAAGUUCUGGUCAUUGAACAGAGUUGGAAGCAUAAAAAAUUCCAGGAGAGGUUCCUUAUUGGCGAGCUUCUGAAUCUAAUUAAAGCCAUUGAGUUAAAUCUAGAGGCAUGGUCAAAGGCUUAUGAGGAUGCUGUCUUGUCGCGCCUUUUCUUAAUGAACAAUCACUGGCAUCUAUACAAGCAUUUGAAAGGCACAAAGCUUGGGAGUCUGUUAGGAGAUUCUUGGUUAAGAGAACAUGAACAGUACAAGGAGUAUUAUUCUGCUAUUUACUUGAGGGAGAGCUGGGGAAAGCUUCCCGCUCUUUUAAGUAGGGAAGGUCUGAUUCUAUUUUCAGGUGGUCGUGCUACUGCUCGUGAUCUUGUCAAGAAAAGAUUAAAAGCUUUCAACGAAGCUUUUGAUGAAAUGUAUAAGAAGCAGUCCAGCUGGGUUGUCUCGGAAAAGGAUCUGCGAGAGAAGACUUGCCAGCUUAUAGUGCAGGCAAUUGUACCUGUGUACCGCAGCUACAUGCAGAAUUAUGGGCCAUUGGUUGAGCAAGAUUCAAGUGCCAGCAAGUAUGCAAAAUACACAACUCAGGCAUUGGAGAAAAUGCUCAACACCCUUUUUCAGCCAAAGCCUGUGAAGUAUGGCAGUUUCAAAGUGAGGCAGCCUAGUGGGAAAUUCAACAGCGGGGUAACAGAUCAGUAUCAUUCUUCGCCUACUGUUACAACUCCCUAAUCAUUCUCACUAUAUCCAACCUUAACCUGAAAGGAGCCCUGCAUUAAUAUUCUUCCCCCUUUUUAGAUGGUUAGCAAGUGGUGAUGUAUAUAUUUCCCAAGGGGUCUUCAACUACCAUUUAUUGUUUCCUUGGAUUUAUAAAAGGUUCAAUGCCAGCCCAUUGCCCAGAGAUUUCGCCACAACUGGGAAUUUGUUGGUUGCUGCAUUUUGCCAUGGACUGACUAUGAUCUCUCAUCUUUGGAUUAGCAAGACCUUGUAUUUUGAAGAGCAACAGACACAAUCAGGAAUUGUUUUUAUUUGGUUUGGUUCGGGUCCAGGGAGCAAACAUUCGGUUAAAGCUAUUCAUUUUCUGUUGUCUGAUUCAGUUGCUAGGUAAGCAGCAGUAAGAGUCCCUGCAAUGUGCUAGCUUUCAUGCACAAUUAUUUGGUAUAAGUUGCAUCUAGCGCUCUAGCAGUCAUUAUUAAUUUGUAUCCAUAAAUUACAGGAGGCUAUAUAUGUUUAGGACCUCGGAGGGAUCUGUGACCUUUGUGCCAUUGUAUGGCCAAAUUGUUCAGGAUUUUACUCGGAUCAUAGCCAUUGUUCUUCCUGCAAAACUGUUAAAGAAUAAAUUAUCUAUUCUAUGUGUUA